CCAAGCUGGAAAUCAUGCUGCAAGCGGGGAUCAGUCCAAUUGCAACUCUUGCCUGACCCGCCUCAGUACUUGAAGGACUUGCUCGAGCGUACGGACGCCCAAGGCCGCCACUUUAAUGACAAUCUUUGCCAGUACAAUGCUGUCUUUGCCUUUACUUCGUUAGGUUGCGAUAAUGUUUUGCCUGAGGAUCAUGCCAACAACAACAACAGAAGUGGUCUAAACGCAUUCCAGAUCCACGGCGUCCUUUGCCCCUGUCAAGGCCCCUUGAUCCCAGUUGAAGGCAACGCACCUUCAUAUGCUCAAUUGUACAUCUAUGAUUUUUCGUAUGUUGCUCAGAGACGAUCAGAAAGGAAUAAAAAUCUGGAAAAUGAGAAUAUAGAAAACUUUUCAAUCCCCCUUUCUCAAUGUAAUCUCUUUGCACGCAUUUAUCGUCAUGUAUAUGAGAUAUUGAGCAACCAUGAGAGCUCCAGCAUCAACAGCGAGGAUAAAGCUAAUAACAAUGGCUCUACCGAAAGUGGAUCACCUUAUAUUAUCAUCGGUUCAUUGAUGAGAAUACGUUUGAUCGAAGGAGACGAUAGACGCACUUACAACCUGCCAACAAUGGAAGAAGCUGCUGCGGCUAUUCCU